AUGAUGAAGAAUUUCAGCGGUAGUCCCCUUCACAGCAACCACCAGACCCCCAACCACAUCAGAGAACUACAUUUGAGCAGACAGUCCAGCUUGUUCUCGGCGCUGCCGCUGCGAGUUUCCCUGCGAGGUUAUGGUUUCUGCAUGGCUGCGCUCUUCCUCUUCUGCUUCGGCUCCCUUUUCUUCCAGCUGAACAGUGGAGCUCCUCAGAUCCUGCAGGACAUCAGGCAGUAUCUCGGUGAAUCUACGUAUCUGGAUGACCACGGACACCCUGUUCCUAGAGCACUCCCGUUCCCCAGCCAGGUGGUUUAUAACCGUGUGGGAAAGUGCGGCAGCCGGACGGUGGUGAUCUUACUGAGGUUACUGGCUGAAAAACAUCAGUUUAACCUGAUCUCCUCUGACAUUCACAAUAAAACACGCCUCACAAAGCAUGAGCAGGUGGAUUUAAUGAAGAACAUCAGUACCAUCCCCCAGCCUUUUCUCUACACGAGACAUGUUCACUUCCUCAAUUUCACAAGGUUCAAAAUAAACGAGCCAGUUUAUAUCAACAUCAUCCGUGACCCCAUUAACCGCUUCCUCUCCAACUAUUUCUUCCGUCGCUUUGGAGACUGGAGGGGGGAGCAGAACCACCUGAUCCGGACUCCAGGGAUGAAAGAUGAUGAGAGAUACCUGGACAUAAAUGUGUGCAUUUUAGAGAAUUAUCCUGAGUGCUCCAACCCUCGGGUUUUCUACAUCAUCCCCUACUUCUGUGGACAACAUCCUCAGUGCAGGGAGCCUGGCGUUUGGGCUUUGGAGAGGGCCAAACAGAACGUUCAGGAGAAUUACCUCCUUGUCGGCAUCUUGGAGGAGCUGGAAGAUGUUCUCCUCAUGCUGGAGAGGCUUUUACCUCAUUACUUCUCUGGAGUCCUCGACAUCUAUAAGAGCCCCGAGUACAAAAAAGUGGGGAACCUGACCGGCACAGUCCGUAAACACACCCCAUCCCUGGAGGCCCUGCAGAUGCUGUACCACCGCAUGCGCUACGAGUACGACUUCUACAACUUCAUCCGGGACCAGUUCCACCUGAUGAAGAAGAAAAUUGGGCUGAAGUCAGCCUCUCAGCCUCCCGCUUACUCAACUGCUUUCUUGCGGGAAUUGGCCCUCCGGACCCCGAAACCUCUGACUGAAAAUGAGGAGCUGGAGUCAGACUUGGAGGAUGCCAACAGCUGGCUGGUCCAUCCCUGAG